CAUUAAAGUAAAUUAUAAUCAACAGAUAAUAAUUUUUCACUAUAUUUCAAAAGUCUCUGAAAAAUUAAUAUUUAACUAAAUAUUUAUAAUAUACGUCAAACACUUCAUAGUCAAAUGAAAACUUAAAUUCAGAUGAAAUGAUUUCAUAUAAAUUGUGAAAUCUAUUUUCAUCGGAUGUUCAUUAUAAAUAUGACCACAACAAUAUAUAAACAGUGAACCAUAUUGUCAUAAAAACAUUUAUUAAACAUAAUAACAUCAUUAACUACAAAGCCUAAUAGCCAUAUUAAAAGCAUUUGAAAAUAUAAUUUAUUUAAACAGUGUAUUAAAUAAUAGAAAAGUUCAUUAAAAUGGGUAACAAGGAGAAUAAUGUACCUUCGGGUGGACAGGUAGCUAACGAAUUGGUAGAGCAAUUGAGACACAAAUUCCUGGACUCACUGGCCAGGGAUGGCCAGGACUACGACCCGCGGGACGUGGAGAUAAUCCGCACCGACGACUACUCCAUCCGCCGGUUCCUCACCUCUAAUAACAUGAAUGCGAGUCAAGCCUAUAGUCAGUUACAGGAGACGAUGCGGUGGCGGAAGGAGUUCCCCGUCCAGAGGGACUACAGCCAGUGCGGGGUUGAGGUGUUCCGCACCGGAGCAAUGUUUAUAUUUGAAAAUGACAGGGAGGGUAGGCCUGUGCUCUAUGCCAGGGUCAGGACUCAUGUAAAGAUUCAGGAGCUGGAACGUCUGGUUGAGGAGGUAAUUGUGACCACAUUUGAGAAGUUGGACCAAAUCGCCGGCGAAAAGGGGUUUACGGUAGUGAUGGACGUGUCGGGCGCCGGCCUAUCAAACGUAGACAUGCGGGCCGUCAAGUUCAUGAUCACUGUUAUGCGCAAAUAUUACCCCGAGUCACUCAAAUGUGUGCUCGUGGUCAAUCUACCCAUAUUUCUGCGCACAUUUAUGCCUAUCGUACGUAUACUGUUAGGCAGCAAAUACUCGGAAAUGUUGCACACGGUGUCCGAUGCCCAGGAUCUAUUUAACUACAUUCACCCUGAUAAUGUGCCAAAGUAUUUGGGAGGUAAUAAUUGCCACGACUUUACACAACCGCCCGCUGAAUGUCAUUAUAAAACCGAGGAGUUGUCGCACUUGUAUGGGCUCAGCCCUACCGUCGUCCGGAAAGCCAUCCAAAAGUUUGAGCCCCAUAUAAACGACGCUAAAAAGUUGCUGUUUAAGUCCAUUGAUUUAAACGCCAAUUGAUAAAAUAUUUUAAUUAAAAUAACAAAAACACAUUUAAACAUAGGAUAGUUGGCACGUAAAUCCUCUUAUCAUUGAAAAACAUUUUUAUAAACAUAAUCUAUUUUGCAAAAUAUAUUUAUAAUUACUAUAUUCUGUCC